AUGACAGCUGAACUACUUAGGGACACUCUCAAGACUGAGAAGUCACAAAAUGCCAGGGGGCAGCAUGGAGCUAGCUACCACAGAGGUGAGGAGAAGCCCACGCAGCCCCACAGCCAGCUGCUAUCAAGCUGCGGAGCUAAAGGAAGCCGGGGAUUUACAGGCCCGGGGCAGACCCUAGCGCAUCCCCAGAUCCAUGACCGGCGCUGGCCGGUCCGCGGCAAGAACCGCCGCACCGCGAAAAGCCUGCGCUGGCAGAAGCGCUCCGAGCCCAAGCGACCCCGAUCCAUCGGCGCGUCGGACCCCGGCACUCGGCGUCGCAUCCACCCUCCUGAGCUCCCCAGGACCGACCCCGCCGCCUGCACGCGGCCGCACAAAGCGCGCCUUCUUGCCGGCCGGGACAAAGCGGGCCGGGGCUCCGGCUGCACUUACCUGGAUGCGGAGCGCCUGCGGGGCAGCGGGGGCGCGGCUGGCGGGGGCGCACUAGUGGUCGCCGCGCCUAAAGCCGGGUCGCCAGAGGUGGUUGCAGGCGGCUACAGGCGGCGGCGGUGGGGCGGCCCGGGGCGCACGGCAGGCGGGCGCUGUCACAGGGCGCGAGCGGAGCGGGGGGCGCGCGGGGCCGGCGGCCGCGGGGCGCGUGGCGGCUGUGCGCGGGCGCGAGCGGCGGGACUGCGGCGCCGCGGAAGGAGGACAAUAGCCUCCCCCAGCCGCAGGCCGCCGGCUCCCGCGGGAGGCCCGGGACCAUCUGGAGCUCGCAGCCCCGCGGGGCUUGGGGCGGGGCGCGAGUCACCCCCUCCCCGCCCGGCACCAUGGCAACCGCGGCCCCUCUCGGUUCCUGCAGCGGUUCCCCGGACGGGGGUCGCUGACCUUCCCAGGGGCAAAUUCAGGACUGCCGUUCCUUCGCUGGCUCCCGACCCCCCACAGUCUUCCGCGUGGAUGCACCGCUUGACCCCCACCUUCCGGUCCUCGCCAGCCCAGCGACACCCCUUGGGCGUCUGGGUACCACCCACAGCUAACGGGGCUCAUUUUUCUGAGUUUGGACAUUCCACCUUUGUCUCGGUUGCGCCUUGCCGGGAUGCGCAACCCUUUUUUAAUGUCACUUACCUCCGAGGUUUCCCCGAGAUGCGGCCCCGUUUCCUUUUCAAAUGUCCCUUUUUGGACACCUCCAGGCCAUCUUGCUUAAGCGUUUCUCUUUGCCUUGCCCCCUUUCUCUCGGCCUCCUUCCGGCAGCAAAGGGAAAUUGAUUACAAAAAGGAAAGGAGUGAAAUCUCCUGGCUGGCCCAGCACCUGCUACUGGUAGAUGAGGAAUCAGACUGCGUGAAGGGUGACUCAGCCAGGAAAAACAGGAAGCCACUUUGUACCGGAGCCAGUCAUUUUAAGAAGGAGAGGAAGAAAAGCAUAGGGAAUGGGGGCGAAGAAGAAAAUAUUUCAGUUAUAUGUGGGAAGCGAGAGUCUGCUCCCAGGCACCGCCCGCAGAACAGAAGGCGAAGCCAUCUGGGGUCUAGAGCCAGCUUGGGAAUUAUGCACUACGCAGCCGCAGCUUUCCAGGGACCAGCCCUGGAAAACGCCGAGGGCGGUCAAAGCGCUUUGAAAGGGGCCGAGGGCCGCGUCCUGGCGAGACCGUGGGAAAGUCUCCUCAGGAGGAGUCACCACCGCCCGGCCUCUUCCCCGCUCGCCUCCAACCUUGGCAGCUGCGCCACCUGUCAUCCCGCCCAUCCGCCUACAGGCGCAGGCCGCCUCAGGCAGCUCCCGCAGUGCGCAGGCGCGAGGGCUGGGGGCGGGGCAAACGCACGGGCGGGCGGGAAGGGACUGGCUGGCGGCGGCCAGGCGUGGGCGCUCGCCCAGGUCGAAGCCCUAGCUGAGGAGGAGGAGGAGGUUGUGACCAACUAGCGAUCCGAGAGCUGCAGCCGCUCUCCUUGCGGAAUGGAGGGGACAGCUUCGGCUGUCUGCGAGAUUUUGAGAUAUUUAAUAAUUUGCUGGAAGUGUGAAGCAGGAAUAUCAAAGCGGGUGUUGCUAGAAGGGCAGCUAGUGAUUUCUGUAGAAGCAUUAAGUUCUAAGCACCUGCCAAAUUCUCUUCAUUGUGUAAUAACUAUUGCUUCUACAGGAAGUAUUUAUGGUGGCUUGGUCUUCAAGAAGUUUAUACAAGAAACACAGCCUGCACUGCCUGGGUUCUCUGUAAAACUGACUCUGGCUUCAGAGGAGGGGAGCCAUCCUCAAGACACAUCAGAUGUAGCACACAGCCAGAUCGUUUUUGAGGUUGAUGAAAGUCCUCAAAGUUUGAUGACAAACUGUCUGGUUAUAAAGAAUUUUUUACGAAAAAUUAUCAUAGUUCAUCACAAGCUCAAGUUUAAUUUCAGUGUAACAGUGAAUGGAAUCCUCUCUGCGGAGAUCUUUGGGGCAGAGAACGAACCUACUUUGAGGCUGUCCAAUGGAAUCACUCUUGUUGUGGGCUUUCAGCAUUACGUGAGUAAACUAAAAUUCAACUCAACUGAAUCACACUGCAGCAGAAUCCACCCUGUGCUAGGACAUCCCGCACCACUCUUCAUCCCUGAUGACAUGGCUGGCGUGGGCUUGUUGGGAGAGCUGACAUUGACUCCAGCUGUUGCUCUGUGCCCCAGCCCCAGGGUCUUCUCCAGCCACCUGAGUAGGAUUUCUUCAGUUUCCAUAUUUCUAUAUGGACCAUUGGGUCUGCCUCUGAUAUCAUGGGGUCAGGAGCAUCCAAGUGCCACUGUCUUCAAAGAUACCUCUUAUUUCAUUGACUGGAAGAAGCACAAUUUGCUUAUGGUGCCCAAUUCAGAUCUCAAUUUGGAUACACAUUUGGUGCUUCCAGAUGUAAGUUAUCAAGUGGAGUCCUCUGAGAGGAGUCAGUCUCAGGAUAUGGAUCCACAGGGACCAGCUCUGCUACUUUUCCUAUUUGUGGAUUUCCACAGUGAAUUCUCAGUACAGCAAGUAGAAAUCUGCGGACUCCACACUCUGCUCACUGCUCAUCUUGGGGCCAUCCUCUCGGAGAGCCGCAGCACAGUCCGAGACUCCAUGCAGUCAGCUGUGGACCAGGUCUUGGAGCCUCAUCACCAGGCUGUCGAGGCUCAGCAGAGACUGCAGGGCUCUCUCUCUGUGGCUGUGAAUUCCAUCAUGACUGUGCUGACUGGGAGCACCUGUAGCACCUUCAGGAAGACAUGCCUCCAGGCUCUUGAGGCAGCGGACACCCAGGAAUUUGGUGCCAAACUGCACAGAAUAUUCUAUGAUAUCACCCAGCACAGAUUUCUGCACCACUGCUCAUGUGACACAGAGCAGCUCCCGACUCCAGAGAAAAAUAAUUCAGCACAGAGCACCGAAGACUGGCACAAGACUAUCAGUCCGGAGUUCAUUGCAGAAACCAGCGGGCAAGCAGCAGAAAACAAGAGGCUCAAGAGGAGCAGCCCCAACCAGGGCAGGGCAGAAUCCCGAGCUCUGCACCCCUCCGGGGACCUGAGCCCGCAAGAGUCCGCCACGCGCCCCCGCGAGCCCAGCGAGGCCUCCUCCACUGCCAGAGGAUCGCAGACCCAAGCGAGCCACGGCAGGGCCCAGGCACCAGACGCGGCGAGCCCUGCGGGCGGCCUGGAGGUACCGCGGGGAGCGCAGCGCGAGCAGGGGCCUGGGCAGCAGCCGCCCGGUCCUCAUCACCGCCUUCUCUGCUCCCGCAGGACCUGUGGCUGCAGGAGGUUUCCAAUCUGUCCGAGUGGCUAAGUCCAGAACACAGGUCCUGAGGUUCCCAGCGAGCCACGGAAGCUCGGGACGCGUGUGUCACGCCUUCUAAGGUUCAAUAAAGCUGCUCCAAGCACAGCGUGUCGACCUCAGUACAAGGGGAGGGGCGCCC